AUGGAAGAAGCAAUCAAUGAGUUCAUUGCUGGAAAUGGCAUUCGUUUACUUGAUUUUCUUGUUGAUACCGUGAACUCGAAUUGUGAUGCUGACGUGGAAAUCUGUUUCAAAAGCGUUUAUAAGAGAAACUAUAUUCCUUUAUUGGAAGCAUCAACAAAUCCGAGAAAUGCCAAUGCAAAUCUUAUUAGCAGACAAAUAUCUCGUGCAGCCGUUCACAUCUCAAAAUGUGCUAGAUUCAAACGUCUUAAACAAGAGAUUCUCCUCAGAAUUCGCAAAUCCACACGAUUUCGUUACGACAGCUUUGGAACGGAUUAUUCUGAAAAUUCAUUUGCUGGAACUUCAACGCUCGGCUUAGAUUUGGAACAGAGUACACGAUUUCCAGAGGAUGUGGAUACAAACACAUUGGUCCAACGAUUGGAAAAUGCUGAAUUAUCCAGCGAGAUGAGAGCUGAUUUACUAAGUUCUCUCAUGUCUCUAUCAGCAUCGACUAUCGGUAGAAGAAAAUACUUGACAAGAAUAUUGCGAAUAUGUGAGGUGACUGUAAUGGAAGAAGCUUCUUUCACGAAUACGCUGUUAUUAUUCAAAAAGUUAUUCAAUACAAAAGACUGCGAUAUUGUCACUGAUGUGUUUUGCUGUUUUGUUGCGAUACUCCCCAAUUUGCUUCAGUCAUCACUCAACGAAAAUAUCAAAUUGAAAUCGGUUAUUCUACUCUACAAGGUGAACUUCUUUCCCAUGUCAAAGAUGAUCACAUCUCUCAUCACUUAUAUUGGAAGUGUGGAUACUGGGCAUUUAAGUGCUUGCAAUCCGAUGGCGAUACUCGCUGCUCUUGAUCCAUGCGCUAGCUGGAUGCGAAUUUGGGCUCAUACAUUAUCUGCAAGAAUCGUCAUAAGAAAAUCAUUGCUAAAUUUUGCCGAAAGAAUCAAAACAUUUCUGCACGAACAAGCAUCAGUUGAUUUAAGCAGCUAUAAAUGUGUUUUUCUGCACUACUCACCAAAAGAAUUAUUUGUUCUGCUGAACACAAAUGUGAUAUCGAUGUUGUUCAUAUGGAUGAAAUACGAUGAUCUUUAUACGGUAUUCACUGAUCAAGAAUGGAUUAAACUUGUUCAAGUAGUAGUUGCGAAUCAGUUCGAUCCUCGUAACAACAUAUCGUCAAAUAAAACAAUAAUCAAAUUAUUCUAUGAGAUCACUGCAUGCAAUCGACCUGCUCAAUUCAUUUUAACGCCGACAAUCGCUCGUUUUCUCAGUAACGUUCAUUCCGUUCCUGCAAUGCGCAUCCAGCGAAUCGCUCUUCAAACUAUAAGAUAUCAACCGCAUUCAACAACAAUUGCAUUAAUUUGUAAGCAAAUCCCUCGAUUUCUAUGCAGUUCGUCGAAAACGAAACGUUAUGAAGCAAUUCUAUGUAUAGAUUCCAUGAUAAAACGAUUUGGUUGGGAUAUUGUUGAAAGUGAAAUUGACUGGGAAUUGUUCAGUACGCGAGCAGUUGAACAUCAUCAAAACCGAUGCCUAAAGGAGGUCGUUGAGCGCAUUCGUGCAUUUCACGACUUAUAUGUUGGGGAGUCAAUAAGAGCGCUGUUCAGGAAUGAAUUGACAAGAAACAGCACGUUUUCAAUUCCGCCACAUUUCAUUCAAAUUAAGAACGAAGAACGACGUUUACUUCUGAAGAAAAUAAUGCAGUUAUUUGAAGACAAUUCAGAAGAAUUCGUUGAAUACGAACAACAAACCAAAUUGAAGCUGUCGGCGCACAUUGCUGCCCUAUUAUGGCAAAAACAAACUGGCAUUGAAAUUGUGAACGAGUUAGAUUGGAGUUUUAUUCUGCAGAAAACGAUUCAAAAAGCUUAUGAGCUUAAUGAUAGCUCUAUGCUGAAUGCGCUUCAUAUAUUCACAUUCAAUCUUGAUAUCGCUAUGCAACUAAGAGAGCGCGCAAAAUUUCUCAGAAAAUUAUUUCAGGCGAUCGUACGUUGGAAGAGCAAGCAGAUUGGUGUGUACUUCGACGCAGUUUCUAUGAAAACACUCAGUUUAUUUGCAAGCAUUAUAAUCGGAGGUCCAUCCGAGAUUAUUAUAAAUUCGUCUCUGACCUCAACACCAAUCAAAAAUCCGCGGUCGAUCAUUAAAAUGAUGUACGCUGAUUAUUGCACUACUGCAAAUGACAAGGAAGGAAUACCAAUCAGAUCAGUGAAUGAGGUGGUUAAUAUUAUGGAGAGGGACGGUUCUUAUUGUGCGUCCGAGAUGCUCACUUUUCUUGCAAGCACUGUGACGGUUGAUGACGGGACUCUAAUGGCACGAAACUGCAACGUAUCUGAUUCUCAAGAUGAAUCUGAAAUGGUCUAUUGA